AUGACAAACCCGAAUCGAAACCAAAAUCAAAACCAGAACCCAAACCAGAAUCAAAACCAAAACCAAAACAGGAAUCAGAAUCAGAAUCAGAAUUCCAACGCAAAUGCAACGCCGGAGGAGGAUUUCAACCUGCGGGAGACGCGGCCGAGCCUCGGCGGAGGGAGGUUCUCCGGCAACGAUCGCGUCGGCACCGCCUUCGACCUGGUGGAGCAGAUGGACUAUCUAUACGUCCGCGUGGUGAAGGCGAAGGAAUUGCCCGCCGCCGCCGACCCCUUCGUCGAACUAAAGCUCGGAGGGUUUACUUCCACCACCAGGCAUUUCGAGAAAACCCCCACCCCCGAGUGGAAUCAGGUUUUCUCAAUCCUUAAGGAUCGGAUUCAGGCCCCGUUCAUCGAGAUUUCUGUGAAAGACAAGGCCAGAAACGGCGACAAUUUGAUCGGGUUAACGGUCUUCGACGCCGUCGACGUCCCGAGAAGGGUUCCGCCGGACAGCCCCUUGGCCCCCGAAUGGUACAGAUUGGAGAAUCGGAGAGGGGAAAGAGUCGCCGGAGAGUUAAUGUUCGCCAUCUGGAUGGGAACUCAGGCCGACGAAGCUUUCCCCGAAGCCUGGCAUUUGGACGCCACCACCAUUAACGGCGACGGCAUCGCCAGUAUCAGGUCAAAGGUGUAUCUAUCCCCACGCCUCUGGUACCUCAGAGUCAAUGUAAUCGAGGCCCAGGAACUACAGCUCGGCGACCGAAACAGGCAGCAGCCGGAUAUUUUCGUGAGGGGAGCACACGGGAAUAUGAUGUUGAGGACCAGAAUUUCUCAGAGCAAAAAUAUCAACCCACUUUGGAAUGAAGAUUUGAUGUUUACUGUUUCGGAGCCGUUCGACGAGCAGUUGGUUUUGUGUUUGGUGGAGAAAAUCGGACCGAAAAAGGAAGACGAAUUGGGGCAGUGUUCGAUCCCGUUGCACGGUGUGGAGAAGCGGUUGGAUUUCAAACCCCCGUUAAGCAGGUGGUACAAUCUCGAGAAGCACACGGUUUCUGAAAACGGGCAGAGGAAUGUGAAUAAACUGAACAGCAGGGUUCACUUGAGGAUCAGUUUGGAUGGUGGCUAUCACGUGCUCGACGAAUUAACUCACUACAGCAGCGAUUUAAGGCCGACCGCUAGGCAGCUUUGGAAGCCUGCGAUUGGUGUGUUAGAGCUGGGAAUCUUAAAUGCUCAAAAUCUCACAGCGAUGAAGACGAAAGACGGGAGAGGAUUCACCGAUGCUUACUGCGUGGCGAAAUACGGGCAGAAAUGGAUUCGGACAAGAACAAUCCUCAACAGCUUCAAUCCUAAAUGGAACGAGCAAUACACGUGGGAAGUUUUCGAUCCUUGUACUGUAGUAACAGUAGGUGUGUUCGACAACUGCCAUCUCCAAGGAGUGAAUGGAAACGCAAAGGAUUCAAGAAUCGGGAAAGUGAGGAUUCGACUCUCCACACUCGAGACUGGGCGAGUUUACACGCAUAGUUAUCCGCUCACAGUGCUGUCACCCACUGGUGUCAAGAAAAUGGGCGAAAUCCAAUUGGCUGUCAGAUUCUCGUGCGCGUCUCUUUUCAACAUCUUGAUGAUGUACGCUCAGCCCCUUCUGCCGAAUCUUCACUACCAACACCCGCUAAGCUGCCACCAGAUCGAGAGCCUGAGGAACCAAGCUACUCAGAUAGUCUCCACAAGGCUGAGCAGGGCUGAGCCGCCGCUGAGGAAAGAAGUCGUCGAGUUCAUGCUCGACGUGGGGUCCAACAUGUGGAGUGUACGAAGAAGCAAAGCCAAUCAUUACAGAAUGGCCGGAACGUUGUCCGUGGUUGUCAAAUGCGUCAAGUGGUUCGACCAAAUAUGCAGUUGGACGAACCCUUUCGUUACAGUCUUGGUCCACAUUGCGUUCCUUGCAUACAUAUGCUUCCCAUGGAUGAUAUUGAGCACCGUGUUUCUGUUCCUUUUCUUGAUCGGUGUUUGGAAUUAUCGAGGCAGGCCAAGACACCCGCCCCACAUGGACGUGAGAUUGUCUCAAGCAGACAACGCACUGAACGACGAAUUGGACGAGGAGUUCGACACUUUUCCGACUUCCCAAAAGCAAAUCGAUGUGGUGAAGAUGAGAUACGAUAGGCUUAGAGCGAUCGCUUCGAGGGUUCAGACGGUUUUCGGUGACAUAGCUACUCAAGGGGAGAGGCUGUACAAUCUGCUGAGCUGGAGGGACCCACGGGCAACGGCUCUUUUUCUCGUGUUCUGCUUCGUUGCUUGUGUGGUUUUGUAUGUGACUCCGAUGAAAGUUGUGUGCGCUGUUGCGGGGUUUUACGCGAUGAGGCAUCCCAGGUUUCGGAAUCCGGUUCCUUCGCUUGCUCUUAGCUUCAUGAGGAGACUGCCUGCCAGAACUGACAGCUUGUUAUGAUACCAUGAUAUAUGCUUUUCUUGGUCCUGUUUUUUUUUUUCUUCUUGAAAAUCAUUAGUUUAUUAAAUGUUUUUUGCGUAUGGGUUUUUUGGCUGAUUUGGGGUGGUAAGAGUUUUGAGGUUGUCUGGAUUCUUGAAUAUAGUGGCUGUUACUUUUGUUUGCUUAAGAUUAUUAAUCACUGCAAAUUUAAAAUGCCUUUUACAAUUUUUAUUUUAUUUU